GAGAAAGAGAGAAAGGGAGGCUUGCGCAGGGAGGGAGGGAUGCUCAGGGAUCGCUUCCAGAUCGCCGAGGAGGUGGCCCAGGAGGAGCAGCUUCCAUGAGCUCCGAGAUCGGGGCCCCGGUGCCUCGCAGCCCGGCCUUGAUGAGCCAGCAGCCGCCUCCGCCGCCCUCCGCGCUGGAGUCGUCCAGCAACGGCAGCAGCAGCAACAGCAGCGCUUCAGCGUCCGCGCCGUCGAAAGCCAAGAAAGCCAGCUCGGGGCUGAGGCGCCCGGAGAAGCCUCCUUAUUCCUAUAUCGCGCUUAUCGUCAUGGCUAUCCAGAGCUCGCCGUCGAAGCGGCUGACGCUGAGCGAGAUCUACCAGUUCCUGCAGGCGCGCUUCCCGUUCUUCCGCGGCGCGUACCAGGGCUGGAAGAAUUCGGUGCGCCACAACCUGUCGCUCAACGAGUGCUUCAUCAAGCUGCCCAAAGGGCUGGGCCGGCCCGGGAAGGGCCACUACUGGACCAUCGACCCGGCCAGCGAGUUCAUGUUCGAGGAAGGCUCCUUCCGACGGCGCCCCAGGGGCUUCCGAAGGAAAUGCCAGGCGCUCAAGCCUACCAUGUACCACCGCAUGGUGAACGGCCUGGGCUUCCUCCCGCAGGGCUUCGACUUCCAAGCGCCCCCCGCCGCCCCGUUGGGCUGCCACCCCAACGGCUACAACCCCCUGGACGUGAUGCAGGCCGGCGCCUACGAGGCGCACCACGUCCCACACAUGUCUCCCAACCCGGGCUCCACUUACAUGGCCAGCUGCCCGGUGCCUUCCAACGGCGGCGCCGACUACGGCCCCGACAGCAGCAGCAGCCCCGUGCCCUCAUCACCCGCCAUGGCCAGCGCCAUCGAGUGCCACUCGCCCUACGGCAGCCCCGCGGGACACUGGACCUCCUCGGCUGCCUCGCCCUAUCUCAAGCAGCAGGCCCUGCCGCCGCCCACCGCCGCCGCCCCCACGGGGAUCCACUCCGGAGUGGCCUCCUACUCGCUGGAGCAGAGCUACUUGCACCAAAACGGCAGGGAAGACCUCUCAGUGGGGCUGCCUCGCUACCAGCAUCACCCGUCUCCGGUGUGCGACAGGAAGGAUUUCGUCCUCAACUUCAACGGCAUCUCUUCCUUCCACCCGUCGGCCAGCGGCUCCUAUUACCACCAUCACCACCACCAUCAAAGCGUCUGCCAAGACAUCAAGCCCUGUGUGAUGUGAACAUUGACCUUGGGAGCUGGAUUGAAAGGAGAAGAUUGGGGAGGGUGGGGUGGGAGCGAGAGAGAGAGAGGUCCAAAGACUUCGCCCAAAAGAUCACACGCAACGGGAGGACUCGCGCGGAUCGAGCCCAGAGGUACACGCCGAGCUCCGCGAGCCUCCCUUUGUAAGUACAGUGCGCCAGUCACUUAAGGAAAGCCGCGCAAGGGCUGGACGCCCCGUUGCAUACGCGCGCUCCUUUUCCGCGGGAUCCUAAGCCUCUCCCACUGAGUUCACUGCAGGCCUGCACGUGUUCCCUCCGAAGUAAGCCCGACUGCGUUCAGUGGGGCUUCCCACGCGUGCAGGAUCAGCAGCUCUAGCCCCACAGACAUGUGCGCAAUGUUGC